CUGUUUUGUGAUUUCGAGUUUUUUAGGUUUCAGGAAGAAGCCCCAGUCCACGAGCGUCAGCGUCUGAAAGACAAUAGAGAGUUACUGCUGUGUCGGAUCGAUACUCUGAAAUGUCACAAGAAGAAGUUGAACGAGGAGAUCCGAAAAACUUCUGGUCGUCUGCGACAUCUGGAGUGUGAGUUGAAUUCCAUCAAGCCCGACUUCUUGUACCUUUAUCGCCGCAGAGAGCGGCUAACGAAAAUGCUGCAGAAUAAGGGUCUGUCGUCGAUGACCGUUCAGAACCUGCUGCAGAAUUUUUUCAACGCUGAUGACUACUUCAAGGGAUCGGCGUUGGUCUCAAACGGGUCACCCAAUUUUGCUGAUGGAGCCGCCACGCACACCUUCUCCCCUACGGAUUCUUCCUCGCUGAUUAUUACCGGCUGCUCCAAGCAAGAUUGCGUUAAUCUACUGACUGGCAAGUCAGAUGGCACGUUUCUGGUCCGGUCAUCAGAAAGUCGAAGCGGGUUCUACGCUUUGUCGGUAGUGUGCGGAGGAAAGAUACACAAUUGCCUGAUAGAGUGUAAAGAUGACAAAUACGGAUUCGCCGGAACCGACGCGUGGUUUCCGUCGCUAUACGAAUUCGUCUCCUAUUAUUCAUCGCAUUCCCUCAAAGACCACAAUUCUGAUCUGGACAUCCAGUUGUUAUAUCCGGUCAUGCCGCUUGCUUCCAAGUUACCUUAG